GUAGCCCAAAAAGGCGAAGAUCCGAGAUUCUCAUCACUAUCGUUUUCUCCUCUGUUUUCCGAGUUUUCCAACUUCCAAUGCGCGGCAAACCCUAAUCCUCAGCUUUGGUUUUUGCGUCAGAAGAUUCAUCUGUCAAUUUGACCUCUAUAAUGGGGCGCAGUGACUCUAGAUCACCUGCCAGGGAUCGUGGAUCUACUCGUAAGAGGAGCCCUUCACGGAGGGAAAAGUCACCUGCUCGGAAAAAGAGUUCACAUUCUGCUAGUUCAGCUGUAGCAGAGAAGCCUUCAAGCCGUAAUAGGUCCCCGAGACGUCCAAGGUCAAGAUCUCCUGUUCCUAUUUCAUCUGGAAGGGAGAGGCCUUCUAGUCGUGAUAGGUCCCCAAAACGUAGAAAAUCAAUCUCCCCUGCAUCUCACUCCCCAAUCAGAGAGAAACCCUCAAGUCGCACAAAGUCUCCAAAACGAGCUAAGUCAAGGUCUCCUGAUUCGAGUUUGUUACAGGUAGAGAAGUCUUCAGGCCGGGCCAGGUCCCCCAGACGUGCCAAGUUGCAGUCUCCUGAAUCUCGCUCACCCUCACCACGAACAAAAAGGCUAAGGAGACCAGAACGAGAGACUGAAGAAAAAUUGAGGGAGCGGGAGCCUGAGAAAAAUCAUGGUAGAGCUAGUGAUAGGGAUACACAUAGGAAAAAGGGUUCCGACAGAAUGGUAUCUGAAUCUCGCUCGCCCUCACCACGAACAAAAAGACUAAAGAGAGUAGAACGAGAGACUGAAGAAAAGCCGAGGGAGCGGGAGCCUGAGAAAAAUCAUGGUAGAGCUAGUGAUAGGGCAACACAUAGGGAGAAGGAUUCUGACAGAACAGUGCCUGAAUCCCGCUCACCCUCACCACGAACAAAAAGGCUAAGGAGAGCAGAACGAGAGACCAAAGAAAAGUCAACGGAGCGGGAGCCUGAGAAAAAUCAUGGUAGAUCUAGUGAAAGGGCUACACACAGGGAAAGGGAUUCUGACAGAAUGGUGCAAAAUGAAAGGAGAGAGAAAAGAUCAGGAAAGGAUGCACUGGAUAAUGGAUCUUCUAAGUCAAGAAAUGGUCGAUCAGCUUCACCUUCAGAACGUCAGCAUAGGAGUCGUCACAGAUCAAGAUCACCUGCAGCAGCGGGUAGUAGAGAACGCGAUGAGGUGACAAACUCAAGGAGAGGUGAACACAGGAAUGGUGAUGAUGACUCCUUAUCUAAAAUGCAGGCGGCCGAGGAGGCUUUGGAGGCUAAAAAUAAAGACAAGCCUUCGUUUGAGCUCUCUGGAAAGCUUGCAGCAGAAACUAAUCGAGUAAGAGGUAUAACGCUUCUGUUCAAUGAGCCACCAGAUGCUAGAAAACCCGACAUAAGAUGGCGCUUGUAUGUUUUUAAGGGUGGUGAAGUCCUCAAUGAGCCUCUGUAUGUUCAUCGCCAAAGUUGUUAUCUUUUUGGGAGAGAAAGGAGGGUUGCAGACAUUCCUACGGAUCACCCAUCUUGCAGCAAGCAACAUGCUGUCCUCCAGUACAGGCAAGUUGAGAAAGACAACCCUGAUGGUACUUCAUCGAAGCAAGUAAGGCCAUACGUAAUGGAUCUUGGAAGCACUAAUGGUACUUUCAUUAAUGAAAAUCGGAUUGAGCCCCAGAGAUACUAUGAGCUAUUAGAAAAGGAUACACUUAAGUUUGGUAAUAGUAGCCGGGAGUAUGUGCUGCUUCACGAGAAUUCAGCAUGAUGAGUCUCUAAAAUGGUCGACAGAGGUGUCAUUUGCAUUGAUUGGCUUUGACGUCGGAAGCUUUAUCAGAAGAUCAAAUAUUUGCUGUACCAAGUUACUAGCAGGAUAGCCGUUGUAAGUGCUUAGCCGAAAUCGUGUAAUGUGGUAGAGAUUUGGGCAUUGCUUGCAAAGUUUUUCACUGCUAAUGAAAAUUUUGGUUUAUGCAUCAGUGAUUUAUCCUCCAGUUUGUUUAUAAGCUCUUUGUCCCCUAUAUAUGGGAUAUGUAAUUGUUCAUUAGGUCUUAACUUGUGAAUGUGCUCACACAUUUCUUCUAAUUAUUGAAUGUUUCUCUUUGUCUUCUUCCA